CAAACCCAGAAAGUGAAAAGAGCAGCAGCGGCAGCCGAAUCCGGACGCCAGUAGCCACUGCCUUCUCCCCGCUUCGCAUCUCAUCUGGUCUCUGCAAUUGUUAGGUGAUCCUGUAAUCGUGAUGAAGAUUCACAAUAUAGUUAACUAUCCACUCAAACGACACGAGCUCAAAAGCACCCUCUUCCCGACAAACCCAUCUCCCUUUCUUGCACUUUUCUCUUCUACCCCUCACCCAUGCUCCUCUCCGAAAACCCAAACCCUGCCUAAAGACAACCUCACAAACCCCCCACCAGUUACUCAGCGCUUCCUUCAAAACUCCAUUCAAUCUUCUCAGUGGAAUUUGAUCAAGCACCAUGCGCAAAACCUCACCCCCUCUUUAAUCUCCACCACCCUCUACAACCUCCGCGAAAGUCCUCACCUUGUACUUGAAUUCAUAUCCCACAUAGAGUUCCAUCGUCUCGAUGUCAAAACCUGCUGCCUCGCCAUCGAUAUUGUCGCGCGCCUCCCAUCUCAAAAACCCACUUUACAACUCUUAAAGCAAGCCAUUUCCAGUGGCAUUUCUACAACCAGAGGAUUAUUUGAUGAGUUGGCGCUUGCGCGCGAUAAUUUGAGUAUCACAAGUAGUAUUGUUUUUGAUUUGUUGAUAAGGGCUUGUUGUGAUUUGAAGAGGGCUGAUGAGGCUUUUGAGUGUUUUGAUAUGAUGAAGGAAAAGGGUGUUUUACCUAAGAUUGAGACGUGUAAUAUGAUGUUGAGUCUGUUAUUGAAGUUGAAUAGAACACAGGCAGCGUGGGUUUUGUAUGCGGAGAUGUUUAGGCUGAGGAUCAAAUCAAGUGUGUAUACAUUUAAUGUAAUGAUUAAUGUGUUGUGUAAAGAAGGGAAGUUGAAGAAGGCGAAGGAGUUUAUUGGGUUUAUGGAGGGUUUAGGGGUUAAGCCUAGUGUUGUUACUUAUAACACGUUAAUCCAUGGGUAUUGUUCAAGAGGGAAGAUUGAAGCCGCGCAUUUGAUUCUCAAUACCAUGAAAGUUAAAGGUCUGGAACCAGAUUCAUAUUCGUAUAAUUCGCUUAUCAGUGGGCUGGGUAAGGAGGGCAGGCUUGAGGAGGCAUCUGGGCUUGUAGGUAAAAUGGUGGAGAACGGGUUGUUCCCAAGUGCUGUGACGUAUAAUGCUUUGAUUGAUGGGUAUUGCAAUAAAGGGGAUUUAGAAACAGCCUUUGGUUAUAAAAAUGAGAUGGUUAGGAAAGGGAUAAUGCCAACUGUGUCGACUUACAAUUUGUUGAUUCAUGCGUUGUUUAUGGAAGCUAGGAUGAGUGAAGCUGAUAAUAUGAUUAAGGAAAUGGGAGAGAAGGGAAUGACUCCUGAUGCCAUCACAUAUAACAUCUUGAUUAAUGGGUAUUGCAGAUGUGGGGAUGCAAAGAAAGCCUUUAGCCUCCAUGAUGAGAUGUUGACUAGAGGGAUUGAACCUACACGGGUAACUUAUACGUCACUUAUUCAUGUUUUGAAUAAACGCAAUAGAAUGAAGGAGGCAGAUGAUUUGUUUGAGAGGAUACAGCGUAAAGGUGUGUUGCCAGAUCUUGUAAUGUUUAAUGCCUUGAUUGAUGGUCACUGUGCUAAUGGUAACAUGGAACGUGCAUUUUCACUUUUGAAAGAGAUGGAUAGGAUGAAGGUUGCUCCUGAUGAAGUGACUUACAAUACCUUAAUGCAGGGGCGCUGUAGGGAGGGUAAAGUUGAAGAAGCUCGUGAACUCCUUGAUGAGAUGAAGAGAAGGGCGAUUAAGCCUGAUCACAUUAGUUACAAUACUCUCAUUAGUGGUUAUAGCAGAAAAGGGGAGAUGAAGGAUGCAUUUAGAGUUCGAGAUGAGAUGUUGAGUAUAGGUUUCAAUCCCACUCUUCUCACUUACAAUGCCCUUAUACAAGGCCUGUGCAAAAACCAAGAAGGUGACCAUGCUGAAGAGCUCCUCAGAGAAAUGCAAACUAAAGGUAUAAACCCGGAUGACAGCACCUAUUUCUCUUUAAUUGAGGGGAUUAGCAAAGUUGAUAACUUUGUGGAGGAUGGAGAUUCAUAAACGAUAUAUUUCUCCACAUUCUUCUGAGCUUUCAUGGAGAAAGGGGAUAUCUUGAAGCAAGUCUAGGUUUCAACUUUCAACCCACUCUUUAUGGUUAAAAUGCCCUUAUACAAGGGUUAUUCAAAACCAAGAAGGCGACAAUGCAGAAGAGCUCCUUGGACGAAUGAUAAUAAUAAAGGUGUAACAUCCGGUGACAGAACCUCUCUCUCUUUAAUCAAGAGGAUUGCCAAAGUCGACAACUUCAUGGGAAAUAGUGAUUCAUAAAUGAUAUAGUUGUCCGCAUUAUUCUGAACUUUCAUGGAGAAAGGUGUUCUCUUGAAGCAAAGUUUCUGUUCGGAAAUUGGAAGAUUCUUUUCAUUUCCUUUUGUUUGGAAUACCAACUUGUUAUGUGAUUUUGGCCGAGAAUAACGUUAUUGAGAGAAAUGAUUUCUCCGAAGUUUUGUCAUACUUUGUGGUAACCCAUCGUUGAGAUAAUGCUGUCACUAGAUGAUUACCGUGCCUAGGCAAAUUCCAAUUUUCUGUUCCCCCUUCAUCUGCGUCUCUGCCCUUGGUAAGAAUGGAGGAUAAAGAAGAGACCACAAAUUCUGGACGAGAAAGGAUUAGUGCCCCAUGAACAAGUCUACCGGCAGAAGCAAGUGCAUCAUUAUAGUGAUGAUUCUGUAAUGUUGUGGUAUGGCCGAUGUUGCUAAUAAUAUGUUACUUCUUUUGAAUUGGGUUUGUGCAAACAUGAAAGGGGCACAAGCUUUUUUACGAUUCAUUUAUUUGUUUGAAAUAUGAUAUGACAAAGUACUUCACAGUGCGAAUUCUGGUUUGCUGCUCAAAUUAUUAAAAAAAAAAAUAUGGUUCGCUGCUCAAGUUUUGUUUUGACAGUAAGGGUGCCCCCUAACCAAUGCAAACUGAGGUAGGUACUCUGGUUAUAUAUGGAUAGAUUAACACAUGGAGCAAUCCUGUUGAAAUCCAUGACAGGGAGGCCCUGAGUGAAUACUGGAAGAUUCGAGGCUAUAAUCUUCUUUGCUACUUGUAUUUCUAUAGAGAAUGGAAGGUAGCCAUGGCGUAAUUAAGACACCUAGUCCUCUCUUGCUUUUAUUGUGACGUGUUCUUAUCUUUCUGCCAGUUCUAAAUCCAUUGAAGAAUCAAAGAGAGAUACCAACCAAAUUGCUAAAAUUCUGACUCGGCGCUUCGAUUCGAAGAAGGACGGACGAACCCCACAACAACUCCUAUAAGAACCAGCCCAUUCAUGAUUGCUGAAAUCCUGAAUAUCUCAGCAGCUGCAUAACAGGUAGAAGAUAGAGCUCCUCCACCCCUGCCUCUGCCUUGUGACUGAAGUUUCAGGGAGCUCACCAUUUUUGCAAAGGACUGCUCAGUGCACACAGGAAGGCUUGAGCCCACCAAAAGAGCUCAGCCCCGUUAUGUAGUGUACACUCUUCCUCCUUCUAGAGUUGGCAAUGGUGGUAGUGGCAGCAGCAGCAUCAGGGUCCCUUUUUCUGUUAAUUACUUCCCCAAAUAUACAAAAUACAAAUUACAUCGGUUCAAGUAUUUGUUAACGGCUGAAAGCCUGAAACAGAAUUCUAUCUUUUUAUUAUUAAAGUUGCAUCAAGGUAGCAUCCAAGUUGUUGUAGUAUAGUGGUGAGUAUUCCUGCCUGUCAAGCUGGGUUUGAUCCCCGGCAACGGCGAAUUAACUUUUUUCU